GCGAGCACGAUGUCCCUGUGGGGAGCAGUCCCUGCGCACCCCAGAGCUGAGCGAGGAGGACCCAGGGGUCUGCGGUGGCUGUGGGGCAGGCAGGGGAGGCACCAGUGAGGGCUGGAGGGCUGGUUUGCCCGGGAGCAGUCAAGAAGGACAGAUAGUUGGUGACAAGAUUGCCCAGAAGUGUCUGGGGCCGUGUGGGACAGCCCGGAAGAUUACAGCUAUGCCUCACAGCUCCGACAGCAGUGACUCCAGCUUCAGCCGCUCUCCUCUUCCUGGCAAGCAGGAUUCCUCCGAUGACGUAAGGAAAGUUCAGAGGAGGGAGAAGAACCGCAUUGCUGCCCAGAAGAGCAGACAGAGGCAGACACAGAAGGCGGACACCCUGCACCUGGAGAGCGAAGACUUGGAGAAGCAGAACGCAGCUCUUCGCAAAGAGAUCAAGCAGCUCACGGAGGAGCUGAGGUACUUCACAUCUGUGCUGAGCAGCCAUGAGCCCCUGUGCUCGAUCCUGGCCAGCGGCACCCCAUCACCCCCGGAGGUGGUGUACAGCGCCCACGCCUUCCACCAGCCUCAUGUCAGCUCCCCUCGCUUCCAGCCCUGAGCUUCCGAGAAGCAGAAGGCAGAGCCACACACCGCUGCCGUCCCCAGGGGCGCACAGACUGAGGUCAGGCUGCUCUGGUCCCCCCAAUGUCUGCAGACUCAGUAGCAGAGGCCGGGAUGCGAACUGAACAUAAGGACCGCAGUGGCCAGAAGGAUGUGGGGCCUCUCGGGGGAGAAGAGCAAAUCCAUGUGUUCUGAACUCCACGUGGGUGGAAAACCAAGCCUGCAAAACGUCACGGAUGAUGCCCACGUCCCAUCGCACAGAGGGAGGAGGGCAG